UCCUUCCCUUCCUUUCCUUCUCAUCCAUGGCUACUCCAGCCUAGGGGGAGUAGGGAGAUCGAUCCGCCUCCGCCUCCGCCUCCGCCAUGCUCCCUCCUACUCCACCAAUCCGGCCAUGACCAGGGCUCGCCGCCAUGCCUCCCCGCGCCCGCACCCUCCUCAUGCCGCUUGCGGCGGCGACGCUCCUCGUCGCCUCCACCAUCUUCCUCUUCGCCGCCACCGGCGCUCGAUGGCGACCCGCCGACACCGGCCUCCCGGUCCCCGCCGCCGACUUCUCUGCGGCCGUUAUAGAGAGCGCGGUGACCGACGCCGCCGCCGCGAAGGAGGAGCUCUCGUUUGUUGACGAGAAUGGCCGCCCCGACGACCCCGCCUCCAGCUCGGCGGCCGCCGCGAGAUGCGACCCGAGCCACGCCGCCGUCAGGGUCUUCAUGUACGACUUGCCGCCGGAGUUCCACUUCGGCCUCCUCGGCUGGUCGCCGCCGACAGAUGGAGCCGCCGACGCCGCCAUGUGGCCGGAUGUCGGCAGCGGCGCCGCCGCCCCGCGGUACCCCGGUGGGCUCAACCAGCAGCACAGCGUCGAGUACUGGCUCACGCUCGAUCUCCUCUCCUCCUCGUCGCCGCCGUGCGGUGCCGCCGUCAGGGUCGCCGACUCCCGCGACGCCGACGUGGUGUUCGUGCCGUUCUUCGCUUCCCUCAGCUACAAUCGCCACUCCAGGGUUGUGCCUCCGGAGAAGGUGAGCAGGGACAAGGGAUUGCAGGAGAGGCUGGUCAGGUAUCUGAUGGCGCAGCCGGAGUGGAAGAGGUCGGGUGGCGCCGACCAUGUCAUUGUCGCGCACCACCCGAAUAGCUUGCUCCAUGCCCGGUCAGUGCUGUUCCCGGCGGUGUUCGUGCUGUCUGACUUCGGGAGAUACCAUCCUAGAGUAGCCAGCUUGGAGAAGGAUGUCAUUGCCCCUUACAAGCAUAUGGCUAAGACGUUUGUGAAUGAUUCUGCUGGGUUCGAUGACCGUCCGACAUUGUUAUACUUCCGGGGAGCAAUUUUCAGGAAGGAGGGAGGGAACAUUCGGCAGGAGCUACAUUAUAUGCUCAAAGACGAAAAGGAUGUUUAUUUUGCCUUUGGAAGUGUCCAGGACCACGGGGCCAGCAAAGCCAGUCAGGGAAUGCACGCAUCAAAAUUUUGCCUAAACAUUGCAGGGGACACCCCUUCUUCCAAUCGCCUGUUUGACGCUAUAGUAAGUCAUUGCGUCCCUGUUAUCAUCAGCGACGACAUCGAGCUUCCUUAUGAAGAUGCAUUGGACUAUUCGAAGUUUUCCAUCUUUGUUCGCUCAUCUGAUGCUGUGAAAAAGGGUUACUUGAUGAGACUUAUUAGAGGAGUAAGUAAGCAUCAAUGGACAAUGAUGUGGAGAAGGCUGAAAGAAGUGGAUAAACAUUUUGAGUAUCAGUACCCAUCCCAGAAGGAUGAUGCAGUCCAAAUGAUCUGGCAAACAUUGGCUAGAAAGGUGCCAGCAAUCCGCCUGAAGUCACAUAGGUCUAGAAGAUUUUCUAGAUACGAUAGAGGAGGAAAAUAAACAUGGAGAAGAUCCAUAAGUCUGAAAGAUUUUCAAGAUCUGGCACAGGAAGAAAAUAAACAGGAAGGCGGUGUAUGCAUGUUAUCUAGGGCCUUGGCUAAUCUAACUAGCAUUUCACUGACACAUCCGUUGUACACGUCUCAUGGUUUCAUGAACAUAAUCGGAUUAGCAAGGAACAGUGAGAUGUAAAGAUAUCAUGUUAAUUGUUGGUUAUUCCUUAGAAAGAGGACCCAUAGCUUAGGUUAGGCUGUCCAACGGAAGUGUAUACUGGCAGGCAAAAGAUUGUUGUUUUUGUAACAUAUACUCUUAAAAGUAAAUUAAAAGAGGGUGGCAAAGUUCUUUUUCUGAACA